AGGCGCUGGGAUCACAGAGUCAGCACACUAGGACAAAGAAAGAUAAGCAAAACUUAGAAACCAAAUUUCAACUCUAUACAGAUACAACUGAAGAAGGCUGUCAGAUUUUUUUUAAUCAGUUGGAGACUCUUGACAAAUGCAGUUUCAAUGCUUCUCUUCCUCUGGUGAUGAUAGUCCAUGGCUGGUCGGUGGAUGGGAUGUUAGAAGGUUGGAUUUGGAAAAUGGCAGCAGCUCUGAAGUCUCAGCAUAAACAAAUUAAUGUGAUCAUUGCAGACUGGCUUACAUUUGCUCACCAGCACUAUCCCAUUGCUGUACAGAACACACGCUUCAUAGGACAGGAGAUAGCAGACUUCCUGGAAUGGCUGGAGGAAUCCAUUCAAUUUUCCAGAAGCAAUGCUCAUCUAAUUGGGUACAGCCUAGGAGCUCAUGUUUCAGGAUUUGCUGGAAGUUAUAUCAGCGGUACGAACAAGAUUGGAAGAAUUACUGGCCUUGACCCUGCCGGUCCCUUGUUUGAAGGAAUGUCACCAACAGACCGUUUAUCUCCAGAUGAUGCAAACUUCGUAGACGCAAUUCAUACAUUCACUAAACAGCACAUGGGUCUCAGUGUUGGCAUCAAGCAGCCUGUGGCUCAUUUUGACUUCUAUCCCAAUGGAGGCACCUUUCAGCCUGGCUGUCACAUCAUGCACGUGUACAACCACAUUGCACAAUACGGAAUCACCGGCAUCACUCAAACUGUGAAAUGUGCCCAUGAGAGGUCAGUUCACUUGUUCAUUGACUCUCUGCUUCACAACGAUAAGCAAAGCACAGCAUACUGGUGCAACGACAUCAACACUUUCAACAAAGGAAUGUGCCUCAGCUGUAGAAAGAACCGGUGCAACACACUGGGCUACAACAUCAGGGAGGAAAGGCUCCCAAAAAGUAGACGUCUCUUUUUGAAAACAAGAGCACAUAUGCCUUUCAAAGUCUAUCAUUAUCAGUUCAAGAUCCACUUCAUCAAUGAAAUCCAAGACAAGCAGAUAGACCCAACUUUUACCAUCUCUCUGACAGGCACUAAGGAGGAUGCUAAAAACCUGCCCAUCACACCAGUUGAAGGUAUUAAUGGGAAUAAAACCUACUCUUUUCUCAUCACCCUGGACACCGAUAUUGGUGAGCUAAUAAUGAUCAAGUUCAAAUGGGAAGGAACUGCAGUUUGGGAAAAUAUCUGGGACACAGUUCAAACCAUAAUACCAUGGACAAAAGGCACCCGUCGACCAGGACUUAUAGUGAAGACAAUAAGAGUGAAAGCAGGGGAAACACAGCAAAAGUAA